CACAUCCAGAACCAAAUCAAGUCCUCAUAUUCUCCACUCUCCCAAAUAAGUUUUGCUGUUCAUCAACUUCCCAAAAGAGAAAAGGAAAACAAAUAGAAAGCCAUGGCUAUUAGAAUUCCUGGUGUUACGCAUGCAAGACAAAUUUUUCGCCAAUCAAAAUAUUUUGCAAAUCAAGUAUCUUCUGAUAGUGUUCCAAAAGGCUACUGCACAGUUUAUGUUGGAGAAAUCCAAAAGAAGCGGUUUGUAAUUCCUAUAUCAUUCUUGAAUCAGCCUUCAUUUCAAGAAUUGUUGAGCAAGGCCGAGGAAGAAUUCGGGUUUAAUUACCCAAUGGGUGGUCUCACAAUUCCCUGCAGAGAAGAAAUCUUCAUUGAUCUUACUUCCCGAUUGGGUGGAUUAUGAAUUUGUAAUGUUUGGUGGAAGACAUAAUCAGAAAGAGACAAUUUUGUAAAUUCAUGUACAUUUUUCCUUUCUUUUGACAGAAGAAGGAUAGGGUGGAGAAUGUCCACCAAAUAUACCAAUUGUUUGCGCUUUUUUCUCACUUUGUAGUGAGUUGUAACAUUUAAAGAACAUCAUUCAGUCAAUCCUUCUUCACUUUAUAUGCAUAAAUUGCUUGAACCUAUUUGUCA